CGUUAUAUAUCCCUUACCAACUCCACUCACCACAGUGGAGAUUCACUGGUCGAUUCGAUCACUACAAAAUCAAUCAUGGGGAACGUCGGUGAAUCGGAAAAGUAUUUACUCAAUCGCCACAAGGAGCACCACUUCACCGCCGGUGAAAUUGUCCGUGACAUCAUCAUUGGCGUCUCCGAUGGCCUUACCGUUCCUUUCGCUCUUGCAGCUGGGCUUUCUGGUGCUAAUGCUUCGUCUUCCAUCAUCCUUACCGCCGGCAUAGCUGAGGUCGCUGCUGGCGCUAUCUCUAUGGGACUCGGCGGGUAUUUGGCUGCAAAAAGUGAGGCUGAUCAUUACACUAGAGAGCUAAGAAGGGAACAAGAAGAAAUUGAUACCAUACCUGAUACAGAGGCGGCUGAAGUGGCGGAGAUACUGGCGGACUACGGGGUGGAGCCACAUGAGUAUUUGCCUGUGGUGAAUUCUCUGAGAAAGAACCCAAAAGCAUGGCUUGAUUUCAUGAUGAAAUUUGAACUUGGACUUGAAAAGCCUGAUCCAAGAAGAGCACUUCAGAGCGCCCUAACGAUAGCGAUCUCAUAUGUUUUGGGUGGACUGGUCCCCCUUCUUCCUUACAUGUUCAUCCCAGUUGCCGAGAAAGCUGUGGUGGCCUCCAUUAUCGUCACCAUAUUCGCCCUGCUCAUCUUUGGGUUCGCCAAAGGUUACUUCACUGGUAACAAACCGGUGUGGAGCGCCCUACAAACGGCCCUAAUUGGAGCCAUAGCAUCUGCAGCCGCUUUUGGAAUGGCGAAGACCGUGCAAUUGUAGUCGCUUCGUUAUUGUUUUUUAUGUUUUAUUUCAAGUUUUAAUGUUACCUCUAGACUUUGAUGUUGAAAGGGGGAAUGGCUUGUUAUGAUUGACUGGGAGAUUGAUUCUUGUGGGGCUUGGAAGUUUGCCUUUUUAUCUUGUUUUGGUGCUUGUUGGAUUCCAA